AUGAGCUACGAGCAGCGCCGUGACUGGGGCCGCGGUCGCGGCCGGGGCCGGGGCCACGGCAGCGAUGGCGGCGCCGCCGCCGCCUCCUCCGCGGCGGGCGGCGGAGGCGGGCGGGGACGGCAUCCCAGCCACCUGAAGGGCCGCGAGAUCGGGCUGUGGUACGCCCGCAGGCAGGGCCAGAAGAACCGGGACGCCGACCGGCAGCAGAGAGCUGUGGUGCGCAUGGACGAGCGCCGGGAAGAGCAAAUCGUGCAGCUGCUCAAUUCUGUCCAGACUAAAAACGACAAAGAGCAAGAAGCCAUGUCCUGGUGGUCCGGGGAUGAAGAAGGCCCUGCUCCAGAGCAGCCUGCCAAAGUGAAACCAGAUGCUGAGAAAGCUCCUGUGAGACAGAUACCAACCUGGGAGAAAACAUCCCUGGAUUUGGAUGUGGAAUUCCUCUGUGAAAAAACCGAGCAGGAUGCUGAUUUAGACGAACAACUUAAAGAAGACUUAAUGAAGAAGAGAUCUGAUCCCAGAUAUAUUGAAAUGCAGAGAUUCCGAGAGAAGCUGCCCUCAUACGGGAUGAGAGAGGAGCUGGUGAAGCUGAUCAACAGCAACCGCGUGACGGUGAUCAGCGGCGAGACGGGCUGCGGCAAGACCACGCAGGUGACACAGUUCAUCCUGGACGACCACAUCGAGCGUGGCCUGGGCUCCACCUGCAGGAUCGUGUGCACACAGCCCCGCAGGAUCAGCGCCAUCUCCGUGGCUGAGAGAGUGGCUGCAGAGAGGGCAGAGAGCUGUGGCAAUGGCAGGAGCACGGGGUACCAGAUCCGCCUGCAGAGCCGCUUGCCAAGGAAACAAGGUUCCAUUUUGUACUGUACCACGGGAAUUGUCCUGCAGUGGCUCCAGUCAGAUAAGCACUUGUCCAGCAUCAGUCAUGUAGUUCUUGAUGAAAUCCAUGAAAGAAAUCUUCAAUCAGAUGUUUUAAUGAGCAUUAUUAAAGAUCUUCUGAAUGUUCGGCAGGAUCUGAAAGUCAUACUGAUGAGUGCUACUUUAAAUGCAGAGAAGUUUUCCGAGUACUUUGACCAUUGCCCAAUGAUUCACAUCCCUGGGUUCACUUUCCCAGUGGUGGAAUAUCUGCUCGAAGAUGUCAUUGAGAAGUUGAGGUACACCCCGGAGAAGACGGACCGGCGGCUGCACUGGAGGAGGGGCUUCAUGCAGGGCCACAUGAGCAGGCCAGAGAAGGAGGAGAAGGAGGAGAUCUACAGGCAGCAGUGGCCGGGCUACCUAAGGCAGCUGCAGGGCAGGUAUUCAGCAAGCACAAUCAGUGCCUUGGAAAUGAUGGAUGAUGACAAGGUGGACCUGGACCUUAUAGCAGCACUGAUCAGACACAUUGUGCUGGAAGAGGAGGAUGGUGCAAUUCUGGUGUUUCUGCCAGGCUGGGAUAACAUCAGCACUUUGCAUGAGCUCUUGAUGUCUCAAGUCAUGUUUAAGUCAGAUAGGUUUAUUAUCAUCCCUUUGCAUUCACUGAUGCCUACUGUUAACCAGACUCAGGUGUUCAAGAAGACCCCGCCAGGAGUCAGGAAAAUUGUGAUUGCAACCAACAUUGCAGAAACCAGCAUCACGAUUGAUGACGUGGUGUUCGUUAUAGAUGGGGGGAAAAUAAAGGAGACUCACUUUGACACCCAGAACAACAUCAGCACCAUGGCUGCAGAGUGGGUCAGCAAAGCCAAUGCCAAGCAGAGGAAGGGUCGAGCAGGAAGGGUUCAGCCAGGCCACUGUUACCAUCUGUACAACGGGCUGCGUGCCAGCCUGCUGGAUGAUUAUCAGUUACCAGAGAUCCUGAGGACACCCUUGGAAGAACUCUGCUUACAAAUCAAGAUCCUGAGGCUUGGUGGAAUUGCCUAUUUUCUGAGCAAACUGAUGGACCCCCCCUCUCGUGAUGCUGUGAUGUUGGCCAUAAAUCACCUCAUGGAGCUGAAUGCUCUGGACAGGCAGGAGGAGCUGACUCCCCUGGGGGUGCACCUGGCACGGCUGCCCGUGGAGCCACACAUUGGGAAGAUGAUCCUGUUUGGAGCCUUGUUCUGCUGCCUGGACCCCGUGCUGACCAUUGCAGCCAGCCUCAGCUUCAAGGACCCUUUUGUCAUCCCUCUGGGCAAAGAGAAAAUCGCAGAUGCAAGAAGAAAGGAGCUGUCAAAGAACUCGAAAAGCGACCAUCUGACUGUGGUGAAUGCCUUCACUGGCUGGGAAGAGGCUCGGAGUUGUGGUUUCAGGAAUGAGAAGGACUAUUGCUGGGAAUAUUUCCUGUCCUCAAAUACCAUGCAGAUGCUGCAUAACAUGAAAGGGCAGUUUGCUGAGCAUCUCCUUGCAGCUGGGUUUGUGAAUAGUAGAAACCCCAAGGAUCCCAAAUCUAACACCAACUCAGGUAAUGAGAAGCUGCUCAAAGCAGUCAUCUGUGCUGGCCUGUAUCCCAAGGUGGCAAAGAUCCGGCCCAGCUUCAGCAAAAAGAGAAAAAUGGUGAAAGUUUGCACCAAGACAGAUGGAUCAGUGAAUAUCCAUCCCAAAUCAGUGAAUGUGGAGGAGACAGAGUUCCAUUAUAACUGGCUGGUGUACCAUUUGAAGAUGAGGACCAGCAGCAUUUACCUGUAUGAUUGUACGGAGGUGUCCCCAUACUGCCUCUUGUUCUUUGGAGGGGAUAUAUCCAUUCAGAAGGAUAAGGACCAGGACACCAUCGCUGUGGAUGAGUGGAUUGUUUUCCAGUCUCCAGAAAAAAUAGCAAACUUGGUCAAGAAACUGAGAAAAGAACUGGAUGACCUUCUACAAGAGAAAAUAGAGAGCCCCCAUCCCGUGGACUGGGAUGACAUCAAGAGCAGGGACACAGCGGUGCUGACAGCGAUCAUAGACUUGAUCACCACGCAGGAGAACGAGGGCGUGCGCAACUUCGCGCCGCGCUUCCAGGGCGAGCGCUACAGCUGA